GAAGUGUCAGAUCUUGGCAUUGCUGGAUUUGCUUGUGCCACUGUAGUAAGUGAACAUUUUCAUCAAAUACUGCAUCUUCUUCAGCUUCUUGUUCAAAGUAAAUAGUAAGCAACACUUUUUUAACUCUUAAGACAAAUACUCCAUAAUAAUUCUGAGGAGUAACUUUCAAGAAACAGUCUCAAUAGAGCGAAUUUGCAUGGUAAUAUCAUAGAAAGUGCAGUAAAAUUUUGAAGAUUGACGAAGACAGUUCAAACUUCAAAUGGUUGACCACCAAAUGUCACUAAUCUUUUUAGAUUACCAAAUAGUUUUUCUACUGAAAUCAUUAAAUAUAAUUAGAGCAUAUGUAGUUUGAAUAUUUAGCAUUUCUUUACAUAAUUCCUUAUAAACAAUCUGAAUACUACAAAAUAUAAGAGUCACGUUGUCAAAUCAAAGCAGGCGAGACGUCGGGAUAUAAAUAUAAUAUAAGGUAAUACGUGGAGUACUUUGACGUCUUCCUUGGUUACAUUGACAAUUUGACAUGGUCUUGAUUGUGUAGCUGCGUUAACAGAGAACAUCUCAAGACACUGGGGUUUAUUUCCUAAUCCUAUAAGAAAAAGAAAAAAAAAGACUUGAGAAAACCUUAAAGAGAAACAAAGUUAGAAAGGAAAGAAGAGAGGUUGAAGAUGAACAUGGUGCAUGGUCUGUUCUUGGUGGCCAUUUUCACUCUUGCUUAUGCACAGCUAGUCAAGGGCCAAUCUAUGCCAAGUUGCCAAACUAAAUGCGGCAACGUCUCAAUCGAGUUCCCUUUUGGCACUUCUCCAGGUUGUUACUACGCGGGAGAUCCUAGUUUCAAUAUUACAUGUGACCCUUCAAAUAAGCUGAUCUUUGGCGGCAACGAAGUGAUCAACAUCUCUCACAGCGGCGAGCUACGCGUACUGAAUACUAGGUCCUAUGUUUGCUACGAUCGGCAAGGAAACGAGACUGGCCGCGUUAACCGGUGGUCUAGUCUUGGUAACUUAACGUUCUCCGACAAGAACAGGUUUAUCGCAGUAGGCUGUAACACUUACGCGUUUCUGAACACUGACGGUGUUGGAAACUACUCGACUGGAUGCAUGUCAUUAUGUACUUCUCCAAGGGAGACGAAUGGAUCAUGCACUGGUGGAGGUUGCUGCCAGACCUCUCUCCCUAGAGGGAGCCACUACUUCAUGGUCUCACCGAGAAGCUUUUCCAACCAUACUUCUGUUUAUAGCUUCAACCCUUGCAGCUACGCCUUUCUGGUUGAAGAUGGUAAGUACAACUUCAGAUCUUCAGAAGAUCUUAUGAACCUGAGGAAUAUCGAGAGGUUCCCUGUGGUGCUUGAUUGGUCUAUUGGUCAAGAUUCAUGCGAGUACGUGGGAAGUGGGAAGAUAUGUCGUGGGAACAGCAUAUGUUCCAAUUCUGUUCGUGGAACUGGAUAUAUCUGCAAAUGUAAGGAAGGGUUUGAUGGGAAUCCAUAUCUUUCAGACGAAAAUGGUUGUCAAGACAUAAAUGAGUGUACUACUAGUAGACAUAACUGUUCAGGUUCCAGCAACUGUGAAAACACGGUGGGACACUUCCUUUGUAAAUGCCCACCUGGUUACAACUUAAAUGCCACCAAUAAUAGCUGCAUGCGUAAAGGCAGACCUGAAUACUAUGGAUGGACUCAAAUUUUCCUUGGAACAACCAUCGGCUUCUUGGCCAUCCCACUUGUCAUUAGCUGUGUACAACGGAAAAUAAAGCACAGGAGAAACACCGAACUCCGAAGACACUUCUUUGAGCAAAACGGUGGUGGCAUGUUGAGACAGCGACUCUCAGGAGCAGAGACGUCACAUGUUGAUGUCAAAAUAUUUACUGAGGAAGGCAUGAAGGAAGCAACUAAUGGUUAUGAAGAAAGUAGAAUCCUGGGCCAGGGAGGUCAGGGAACAGUCUACAAAGGGAUAUUGCCAGACAACUCUGUAGUUGCCAUUAAGAAAGCUCGGCUUGGAGACAAUAGCCAAGUAGAGCAGUUCAUCAACGAAGUGCUAGUGCUUUCACAAAUCAACCAUAGGAACGUUGUCAAGCUCUUGGGAUGCUGUCUAGAGACUGAAGUUCCCUUGCUGGUCUAUGAGUUCAUCAACAGUGGCACCCUUUUCGAUCACUUGCACGGUUCAAUAUCUAAUUCUUCUUUGACAUGGGAGCACCGUCUGAGGAUAGCCGUAGAAAUUGCUGGAACACUUGCAUAUCUUCACUCCUCUGCUUCAAUUCCAAUCAUCCACCGUGAUAUCAAGACUGCUAAUAUUCUGCUGGAUGAAAACUUAACAGCAAAGGUAGCUGACUUUGGUGCUUCAAGGCUGAUACCUAUGGACAAAGAGCAGCUCACAACUAUGGUGCAAGGCACUCUAGGUUACCUAGACCCGGAAUACUACAACACAGGGUUGCUAAAUGAAAAGAGCGAUGUUUAUAGCUUUGGGGUAGUCCUUAUGGAACUUCUCACAGGCCAAAAGGCAUUGUGCUUUGAAAGGCCACAGCACUCAAAACACCUGGUGAGUUACUUUGCCUCAGCCACAAAAGAGAAUAGAUUGCACGAUGUUAUUGAUGGGCAGAUGAUGAAUGAGAAUAAUUAUAGAGAGAUCCAGGAAGCGGCCAGAGUUGCUGUUAGGUGUACAAGAGUGACGGGAGAGGAAAGGCCGAAGAUGAAGGAAGUAGCUGCACAACUUGAGGGUUUGAGUGUCACAAAAACCAAACAUCAGUGGUCGGAUGAUUAUCCUGAGCCAAUGGAGAUGGAGCAUUUGCUCGGUCUUGAAAUCUUGUCGGCACAAGGUGAAACCAGCAGCACUGGCUAUGACAGCAUCAAGAAUAUAACAAGAAUACACGUUGAAUCUGGCCGCUGAUUACUAUAGGCCACGUUCCAUAUUGAAUCCUGAUUUGUUUCUUUUUCCUUUUCAUUCUAGACAUUUAAACCAUAUAGUAAAAGAAAUGACAUUCAAAAGACCUUCUGUGCUUGGGAGAUUCUUGAUUCGUCAGAUCAUUAAUCUUGUGUUUAUAACUCUCCUUGAUUGGUAUUGUACACUUCAGUAUGA